AUGGCGACUCCGUCGUCUUCCGCCACGUCGCCAUCCCCACCUAUGGCGUAUCUUGCUCCAACUUCCGGCCCCAUGCAACCCCCCUCCUCGAACUCUGGGGACCCUCAGGAGAGAGAACAGAGGAAGAAAGCAGUCCAGAAGUUCUUGGCAAGGGCGGAAAUUUCAAUGGUAACUCGCGCCCUAAGAGCACGCCUCUCUUAUGCUUCCUAUAAGGCUACACAUAACAUCCCUCACGUUCCUUUGCGUGAUCUGGAGGCUCAGACCCAGAGCCAAAGUCAAUCCGCUUCAUUUUCCCGCACCAUCGCCGCCAAACGUAAGGCCGCCGGAACUACGAACUCCUACAAUAAUCCAGCCACACAAGGUUCCAGUAGCGCCGGCGCCAGUAACCCAACCCGGAGAGGGGGAUCGGGGGCCAUGGCUCCCCCGUCAAUAUCUACGCCACGGUCACACUACCCGUCCUAUAUGAAUGCACCAUCCAGCUCCGCGGGCUACGCCGCAGCAGAGGUGGCUUCCGGUUCCAAAAUCACGAACUAUACUCCGACCCUGUAUACUUCCAUCUUAGCUCCCCCACCGUCGAAGCAGGCUCGCACUAUCCAUAACGUUCAUGAUCCACCCGUUCCUGCACCAACGCGUCCCGCUCCCUCACCACGCCCACGCGCUCCCAAGGCGUCGCCAAGGACUGAUCCUCGUGGUGGGCAUGGCAAAGGACGUCAGUCGGACAAGGCCACGAAGGCUGCCAGCUCUCCCGACAGACGUAAAGCAAAACGCGCUUCUGCAGGCAAGGGUAAGCAAAAGCAACGUGCAGGGAUGGAUAUAGACGUCGAUGGGGACGUGGAUAUGAAGGCAGCUGCUACAUUGACCUCCCUUCUCCUGCAUCAUCGACCCUCAAUCACUGGGAGUGCAUCGUCUCCAAGGUCUAGCAUUGAUGGGUCGGAAGCAUCGACGUUCUCGUAUUCUCAUUUUGCUCAAAGUUCCGCCAGAACUACAAACGCAUCGCAACCGCCUCCUCCUCCUUCCUCUGGAUCUUCUGCUUCUGUUGGCGCAGAACCAUCUUUCCGACAGCAAACUCCUCCUCCCCUGCCUUCGAGUGCUCCACUUGCGACUACUCCACGUCCUGCUCCUACCGACAACGAGGCGGCGGAUCUAAUGUUGUUUCUAGCGACAUCCCCCUCGCCCGUGAGGCCCUCUAACAAAGACUCUAAGGACCUCGCAGCCUACAGGGCCUUGAGUGGGGGCACAGGGCCGCUUCGUUCAAAAGGCAGGGUCCUCUUCCCUUCAGCAGCUGGAGACGCACCUCCAGAUAAUUCUGCUGCCGCUGGUAGCUCUUCUCCGAAACCAGCGUCGACACUGCUGAGAGGAGGUGAAGGUGGUAGCUUCACAUCCAGCAUCUCUAGCAUUGGUGGCGAAAUGGCGGGAAGGGCAAGAAGUCUUGAAGCUCAACCAGCGCGUGUUGCUUCGUCCUUUGUGUCCCCUUCUCCCGCGCAGCUUCUGCCUCCUCCCCCUUUCCCCUUGCCAGUGGCUUCGGCAAGCCCGGUCCCACGGAAGGACCGUGUUCCAAGUCCCAAGCCCAACUUUGGACAAGGAACUUUAGAUUUUAAUUUCCACGAGUUUAUCCACGCUUCUCCUUCCCCAUCCCGAGGACUCGUCGUUCAGGGAAAUAAGUCCAACCUUGGUCUCCGGGCCGAUGUUGGUAGAAAGCUCUUUGAAGAAGAGCAAAUGCGUCAUCAUUUGAAUAUUGCACAGAGUCCUGGGACGAGACAGGAUGAGCGGGCCCUUGGUGCAGGUAUUGACUUGGUUCAAAGUUGA